GGGCGGGGCUAUCUUUGCGGAAGUGAUGGAGGAUGCAUGAUGUCCUUGUCUGUGAACGUGGAUUGAAAAAUAUAAUUUUUGCUUUGUGGAGGUCACGUAUUUUUGCUGUUUAUUGAUACAUCCAUCAAAUUGAAAUCACCAUGCCUCUUCAUAAAUACCCCGUCAAAAUGUGGGAUGCCCUGAAGAUGAAGCAGGGCAUCUACGCUCGUCUCCCUAAACAUUACCUCAAGUCCCUGGAGGUAAAAGAGCCCACGCCUGUCCACUGGAAGCCCCUUGGUGUGCAGUACCGAGUUAACCCAAAAACAGGGCAGAAGGAGCGGGUGCAAGACGUCCCCAUCCCCAUCUACUACCCUCCACAGUCUCAGAGCGGCCUGUGGGGAGGAGAAGGAUGGAUUUCAGGCUACAGAUACGCCAACAAUGACAAAAUGUCUAAUCGCUUGAAAAAGGUCUGGAAGCCUAAGCUGCUGAAAAGAGAGCUUUACAGCGAGAUCCUGGACCACAAGUUCACCAUCACAGUCACCCCUCGCACUCUGGACCUCAUCGACGCCGCCUACGGCUUCGACUUUUACAUCCUCAGAACACCAAAGGAGGACCUGAACUCCAAGCUGGGAAUGGACUUGAAGAGGGCCAUGCUGCUUCGCCUGGCACAAAGAGACACAAAGCUGUACCCCAACAACCCCGCCAAGAAAGAGCAGGUCUACAAGAAAUACAAGCAGUUCGAGAUCCCAGCGGAGGAGGCGGAGUGGGUGGGUCUCAGUCUGGAGGAGGCUUUGGAGAAACAAAGGCAGCUUGAGCACAAGGAGCCGGAUCCUUUGUUUAAGGUGUGUGUGGACAAACUGACGGAGGAGCUGCACAUGAAGAAGCUGUUGGAGCCACUUCUCGUCGACAAGAAGGGACCCGCUGCCUGAGCGGGCUAAAGAAUUAAUUCAGCUGCGGAGCUUUUGACGAACUGCUGCAGGUUCUGCUGUCCAUCGGGGAGCAGCUCAGAGUGGAGAACCUGUCAGACUUAUUUAUUUGAAAUUCGCCUCGUUGUCUUUGCGUGAGACAGUUCAGUAAUUCCAGGAAGGCCUCUAUCAGUGUAAAUACUCCCACCUGACAUGGUUUGACACAUAUGUGAAAUGUUUUACAAAUAAAAGCUUUUUUUUUCACUAA